GCAGCACCUGACCUCGGGCGGGGUAUAUAAGUCCCCGCCCUUGUCUUCUGCCGCCAUCCGCAGCCCGCCAUUAUCCCACCAACAUGAAGCUCGUAAUCGUCGCCUGCCUGGUCGUCGCGGCUGUCGCUGCCCCGCAGUUUGGUCAUCAGUUCCUCCGUCACGAUCGCCCAGACUACCGCCACAUCGCCGUCCUGAGGGACAACCGCCAGGAUAGUGGCGAUGGUAACUUCAGCUACGACUUCGAGACUGAGAACGGCAUCGCCGUGAGCGCCGUUGGCCGGCCGGGCUCCAAGGGUCAGAGCAACAUCCAGGGGUCCUACAGGUUCAUCCUUCCUGACGGCACCCCGGCUGAGGUCCGCUACGUCGCCGACGAGUUCGGGUUCCGCGCCGAGUCUCCGCUGAUCCCCACGCCCCACCCUCUCCCCGCCCACGCCAUCGAGCAGAUCCGUAACGCCGAGGAGCAGCGCCGUCGGGGCGUCGUCUGGAACUAAUUCAGGAGCCGGAAAACCUCAUCACUAAAAACGUAGCUCACGAAACUUUUUACCGUGUGUACAUCGGUUUUGUCCGGACGUGUACUGAUGUUUUUGAAUAAACUAUCUGAGUCAGAAA